AUGGGCUUCUGCUGGAGCGGAGAGUGUGGCAACAGGCCUUGCUGGGCAGGCCAUUAUGUGCCCUGGCAUGCUGGAUGGGUGGGCCCCACUGUGCUGCUCUGCAUCUAUGGUUUCUGCUCCAUGAUGAGGCCCAUAGAACCCUUUGUGACAGUGUUUCUCACGGGAACUUACAAGAAUCUCACCACUGAGCAGGUGACUAGACAAGUGAUUCCUGUGUGGACUUACUCCAGCCUGGUUCUCCUCGUCCCCGUCCUCCUGGUCACAGACUUCCUCAGAUACAAGCCUGUUAUCGUCUUGCAGGGCCUCACCUAUGUCACGGCAUUUCUGCUGAUCCUAGUUGGCUCGGGGGUCCGCUCGGCUCAGCUGGCCUUUUUCAGCUACAGCAUCGCCAUGGCAGCAGAUGUGGCCUAUUUCUCCUACAUUUACAGCGUGGUGCCGCCCAGCUACUAUCAGAGGGUCACCGGUUAUGUCAGAGCGGCCAUAUUACUGGGAUAUGCUGCAGGGGCCUCGCUGGCUCAACUGUUGGUGUCUUUGGAUGGGGUGUCCUUGUAUUGGUUAGCAUUUGUGACCCUCAUCUCUGUCUCCAUAGCGCUGAUGACCUCAUUUUUCCUUCCCAUGCCUAAGACUGGGUUAUUUUCCAAUGAAGAAUAUUCUGCAGACCAGACAAAGUCAUGUGUGGAUGCUGUGCUCUUUUUCUGCAUAUGGGCAGCUACAGGGAGGUGCGGCUUCUACCAGGUGACAAGCUAUGUCCAGGUCCUCUGGGUACAUAUACAGCCCAAUAACUUCACAGCCUACAACGGAGGUGUGGAUGCCAUCAGCACGUUGUCAGGAGCUGCAGCCAGUGUUGCUGUGGGCCACGUGUCUCUGGAGUGGUCUGUGUGGGGAGAGCUGGUCCUGGGGGGCUUCACGGUCCUGAUCGCUGGGGCUUUAUUCCUGAUGGAUCUAACUGACAACAUCUGGAUCAGCUACACAUUCUUCUUCCUCUUCAAAACAAUUUACAUGCCGCUCACCACCAUCUGCACUUUCCAGAUAGCCAAGAAGCUGAACAGGAGGCGCUAUGCGUUGGUAUUUGGUCUAAACAGUUUUGUGGGCACAGUCCUGCAGAGUGUCCUCACUGCCAUCGUCAUCAACACCAAGUCUGUACAGCUCCCCAUCACCUCUCAGUUUCUUAUCUACGCCUCGUACUUUGCUGCCAUUUCCCUCCUGUUCACAGUCAGAGGUGUGUAUAAGGUGCUUCAUUUGAAACGUCCCGCUGCAGGCAGCCAGGCGGAGAGAACCAACAGCAUGCCAGGAGGUUCACACCUGUGA